AACUUGAAAUGAUAAACAAAAGUAUGAUAGUCGUGGGCGUUGCCACAUUUUGUUUCCCAGAUAAUUCAUUGAUUAAUAUUGUGAUAACUUGAUAAGGCUUUCGCGUGUUUUGUGACCGUGUACUAGAUUUUUAGUAUUUAUGAUAUUAAAGAUUUAUGUCAUACGUCAUUUGUUAUAGUUAUUAUAACAAACUGUAAAACAAUUUUUUUUGAUAAAUUUAUGUUUACUGAAUUUAUUUAUUUUAAAUUAUAGCAUAAACGAUAUAGUAUUUUCCGUAUACCGAGAGUUUCAUUGAUAAUUUUAGUAAAGAGAUUGAAAGGUUAGUGUUUAUAAUAUGUGAAUCACUCCUAAAAUCUUAUAAGACCAUAGUGCCUGUGAAAAAUGUUGGGAAAUUCUGUGUUAACGUUUUUAGUGUGUGUUUGUAUGUGCGUGUAUGUGAAAUCUCAAUCAAACAAAGAUCUGUACAACGGACAAUAUAAAAACGAGUACUAUAACACACGGCAGCAAGAUAGUUCGCGUGAAUCAAAACUUCCUAACCCCGGAGAUAGUAAUUAUAGAACUUAUUUGUACAAUAACCGAAGAUAUGGAACAGAUCCUUCAAGAUACAACCCAUACAAUCCCAACAUAAACCAACCGGGUGGCUUUCCAUACAAUCCAAUUGAAAGUAACCCAUUGGAUAAUCAGUUCAAAUAUAAUACAAACAUCGACCCAAACAAUCCAGAUGCACUGUUUCCGGGUGUUCUAGGAGGAUGGAGAGAGGACUUACAAGGACGAGAGAGACGAGACUCCCGUCAGUUGAAGCGGGAUAUCUUUGUUAACACUAACUAUGGACAGGUUCAAGGAUUUAAGGUUUAUUUAUACGACAACCCAGACCCUAAUUCAGGAUACCGACCAUGGUUAACACCGGUGGAGAGGAUACAGGGUGAAGUAUCGGUGUUUCUUGGUAUACCAUACGCUCGACCACCUGUCUUAGAAGGGAGAUUUAAGCCACCUCGUAGACAUCCGGGCUGGCAGCUGAUGCAGGCGGUAGACUGGGGGCCCGCCUGCCCACAGCCAGUUAGGUUCACGGGCGCUACGAAGGGUAUACGAGACAUGGACGAGGACUGUUUAUACCUGAACAUAUUCUCGCCUAAUACAGAAGCUGGAUCGACGGCGCAGAAAUAUCCUGUGAUGGUAUACAUUCACGGAGGUCAAUUCGCUUCCGGUGCGUCCAACUUAUUUCCCGCGCACAUGUUAGCCGCCUUCUACGAUGUCAUCGUUGUAUCUUUUAAUUAUAGAUUGGGAGCGCUGGGCUUCCUCUCAACCGCCGAUGAGAAUUCUCCUGGUAACUACGGUAUACUAGACCAAGCGAUGGCACUUCAAUGGGUGAGAGACAACAUAGGGCCGUUCAACGGUGACACUGGUUCCAUUACCUUGUUCGGGCCUGGCGCUGGUGCCGCUUCAGCUGGUCUGCUAGCUGUUUAUCCUCCAACUAGAGAUAUCGUUUCAAGAGUUAUAGCACAGAGUGGUUCCGCGUUAGCUGACUGGGCACUUAUAGAGGAUAAAUUCCGGGUGCAGAACACAUCGUUAGUGUUCGGCAGGCUGCUCGGAUGUCCCAUCGAUUCAUCGUGGAAACUUGUCAACUGUUUACGUCAAGGGAGAAGUUUUUAUGAACUGGGAAACGCAGAGUUCCAGCCCAACGUCGGUUUCAUCCCCUGGGGUCCUGUGCUCGAGAAUAACUUCACCUUCCCCGGGGACGAGUGGUACGACGGCUGGCGGGAACGCGACUGGCAUUUCCUAGCGACGACUCCCGAAGAGUUGAUUGUCAGGCGACAGUUCAAUCCUGCCCUCAGAUACAUGACCGGCGUGACCACACAGGAGGCGGCUUAUGUUUUGUACACCAACGAAUCCCUCGCGCCUGGCUACGAGAUAGACGAGCGCUGGUUCAACCAGAAGGUGGAGGAGUUCGUCUUCCGAUACAACUACACGCUGAACCCGCGCGGCGUGUACGAGGCCAUCCGCUACAUGUACACCUACCACCCCGAGCCGCACAACGCCAGCGCCCUGCGCGACCAGUACGUGCACUUUCUCUCGGAUUUCCUGUACCGCGCCCCGACGGACAAGAUGGUAAAGCUACUGCUGGAGCAAAACGUCCCGGUGUACAUGUACGUGCUCAACACGACGGUGGAGGCGUUCCGCUGGCCGGAGUGGCGCCAGUACGCACACGAUACGGAGCACUUCUUCCUCUCGGGCGCUCCCUUCAUGGACCAGGAGUUCUUCCCGAGGAGACACAGAAUAGACCGGCAGGCCUGGACACCGAACGACAGGAACAUGAGUCACUUCUUUAUGAAGGCGUACUCUGAUUUUGCGAGAUUUGGUAACCCAACUCGCUCUCGCAUCCUGGGCCUGCACUUCGAGAUGGCGAAGGCUGGACAACUCCGGUAUUUAAAUCUGAACACGACCUACAACUCGACCAUCCAACUCAAUUACAGACAGACCAAACUAGCCUUCUGGACGGUGUACCUGCCCACGGUUAUUGGAAGGCUUGUGCCUACAUAUCCACCAUUCACAGAGUACUGGUGGGAACCGAAGCAGCCUCUCCAAAUAGCGUUCUGGUCGGUCUCCAGCGCUUGUCUCGUUCUCAUCGUGCUGUUGGUGGUCUGCUGCAUGCUGUGGAGGAACGCUAAAAGAGAAACGGACAGAUACUACAACGGUGACAUAUUCAUGGUCCCCGAGCUUGAGGAGAGCGGCAUAGAGAACACUUCGCGCUCCAGAGACAACAUAUACGAGUACCGAGACGUGCCCGUUAAGAGGACGCCGCAGACACUCACGAGAACGAUAAGCCAGCCGCAGACGCUGCAGUCGUCGCAGGCGCCGUCGGAGGCGUCCACCGAGUCGGCGGCGUCGCUGUCGCUCCGCGAGAGCGCGCGCCGCCCCGCGCCCGCGCCCCGCGCGCGCUCCGCCACGCAGCUCGUGCGCGGCGUGCCGCAGACCACCGUGUGACGGCGCCGGGGGUGCACGCCGUCCGUUGGGGUCAUAUUA